CCAUGCUUUACUUCUUUUUCGACAAAAAUAACAGAUAUUCGCAUUCGUGAAUUCCAUACUUCUUAUCUACGUAACGCAAUUGUUCCCUAUUUGCUCGCUGAUAUUGGUGAAGGAAUAAAGGAAUGUGAAAUCGUACAAUGGUUUGUUAAGCCAGGUGAUCAAAUUAAUGAAUUUGAAAAAAUUUGUGAGGUGCAAUCCGAUAAGGCUACUGUAGAAAUUACAUCUCGUUAUUCUGGCAUUAUCAAGGAAUUGCACUAUCAAGUUGGGGAAAUGGCUAAAGUUGGAAAGCCAAUAGUUAAUAUAGAAACUGAAAGCGCCUCUGAAGAACAAGAAGAACCGGUACCUGAUAAAAACAUCACCUCCGCAAUAACUCAGCAGUCAGAACCUAAAACGAAUGAAUUUUCUGUAAAUGAUAAAGUUUUAUCCUUGGCGACACCUGCUGUUCGGCGUAUCGCGAGAGAAUACAAAGUUGAUAUUUCUGAAAUCAAAGGUACUGGGAAAGGUGCUCGCGUCACAAAGGACGAUGUGAUGAACUACGUUGCCAAAAAGACUCAAUCUGCUGCGAAGCCUAACAUACCGUCACCAUCUCAAGUUUCUACCACAUCUGAAAAUGAAAUUACACCCUUGUCAAUUAUUCAAAAAUCUAUGUUCAAGUCUAUGACGCGCUCUCUUCAAAUUCCUCACUUUGGUUAUGGUGAUGAAUUCAUAUUGGAUAAUAUUAUCGCAUUACGUGAUACGGUCAAUGAAUACAUUGCACAAAGCGACAA